GCUCCACCCAGGUCGCGGGCAACGCGGUCGGCGGCGGCGGCGGCGGCGGCUGUUUCCCGCCAUUGUGAGAAGUGGAGGCUAGGGGCCCGAAGGCGCCGCGCCCGCCCGUCGCCUGCAGCUCCUCGCCGCCUGCCGCCGCUCCCGGAGGCGCAGGGAGGCCGGGCGGUGCGCGCCCCGCGGCUCGGCGUGCGUGGGAGGGCUCCGGCGAGGAGCGGCCGAGCUCCCGGGGAGAGGAGCUGGGCGCCGGCCGCCCGGAUCGCCGCGGCCCUCGGCGAGAUGCCCUGUGGGGAGGACUGGCUCAGCCACCCGCUGGGGAUCGUGCAGGGCUUCUUCGCCCAAAAUGGAGUUAAUCCGGACUGGGAGAAGAAAGUAAUUGACUAUUUUAAGGAAAAAUUGAAAGAAAAUAAUGCUCCUAAAUGGGUGCCAUCAUUGAAUGAAGUUCCUCUUCAUUAUUUGAAACCUAACAGUUUCGUGAAAUUCCGUUGCAUGAUUCAGGAUAUGUUUGACCCCGAGUUUUACAUGGGUGUCUAUGAGACGGUUAACCAGAACACGAAAGCACGCAUUCUUCAUUUUGGAAAGUAUAGAGAUGUGGCCGAGUGUGGGCCUCAACAAGAACUUGACUUAAACUCCCCACGAUCCACCACUUUGGAAAGACAGACUUUCUAUUGUGUUCCAGUGCCCGGGGAGUCCACGUGGGUCAAAGAAGCCUAUGUUAAUGCCAACCAAGCCCGGGUGAGUCCCUCCACAUCCUACACCCCCAGUCGGCACAAGAGGAGUUAUGAAGACGACGAGGACAUGGAGCUGCAGCCCAGCAAGCAGAAAGAGCAGCAUGCCGGGGCCAGACAAGCAGGUGUGGGUGGUCUGCAGUGGCGUGGAGAGCCCAAACGCUUGGAGACGGAGGCCUCCACCAGGCCGCAGCUCAACUCCCUGAACCUCUCCUCGCCUUUUGAUCUGAAUUUCCCACUGCCCGGAGAGAAAGGACCUGCGUGCCUUGUGAAGGUGUAUGAAGAUUGGGACUGUUUUAAAGUGAACGACGUUCUGGAGCUGUACGGCAUCCUGUCUGUGGACCCCGCGCUGAGCGUGCUGAACCACGAGGACAGGGAGGCCUCGGCGUUGCAGGAUCCCAUGGAGUGCUCGGAUAUGGCUGAAGAGCAGCGUGUGCACAGCCCUCCUGCUUCCUUGGUGCCCAGGCUGCACGUGGUCUUGGCCCAGAAGCUGCAACACAUCAACCCGUUGCUGCCAGCCUGCCUGAACAUGGAGGAGAGCAAAGGCUUUGUCUCAGGUUUCAUGUCGGAGCUGUCGCCCAUCCGAGCCGAGCUGCUCGGGUUCCUCACUCACGCCCUUCUGGGGGACAGCCUGGCUGCGGAGUACCUUAUACUGCACCUCAUCUCCACUGUAUACACAAGAAGAGAUGUUCUUCCUCUAGGAAAAUUUACUGUUAACCUGAGUGGUUGCCCACGAAAUAGCACCUUCACUGAACACUUGUAUCGGAUCAUUCAACAUCUCGUGCCAGCAUCUUUUCGCCUCCAGAUGACAAUCGAGAACAUGAACCAUUUGAAAUUCAUCCCCCACAAAGACUACACUGCGAACCGCUUGGUCAGUGGACUCCUCCAGCUGCCCAGCAACACCUCCCUGGUCAUUGACGAGACCCUGCUGGAGCAGGGCCAGCUGGACAGCCCAGGUGUCCACAACGUGAGCGCCCUGAGCAAGCUCAUCACCUGGCAGAAGGUGGAUUACGACUUCAACUACCACCAGAUGGAGUUCCCCUGCAACAUCAACGUCCUCAUCACCUCCGAGGGCCGCUCCCUCCUUCCGGCUGACUGCCAGAUCCACCUGCAGCCGCAGCUCAUCCCGCCCAACAUGGAGGAGCACAUGAGCAGCCUGCUGGCCGCCGUGCUGCCCUCGGUGCUCAACAAGUUCCGCGUCUACCUGACCCUGCUGAGGUUCCUGGACUACACCAUAUCCGAUGACGUGACCAAGGCAGUGGAAGAUGACUUCGUGGAAAUGCGCAAGAACGACCCUCAGAGCAUCACUGCCGACGACCUGCACCAGCUGCUCGUGGUGGCCCGGUUUCUGUCCCUCAGCGCCGGUCAGACGACGCUGUCCCGGGAGCGGUGGCUGCGAGCCAAGCAGCUGGAGUCGCUGCGGAGGAACCGGCUUCAGCAGCAGAAAUGUGUGAACGGGAAUGAGCUUUAAGGACGCGAUCCCCGGAGGAGGAGGCAGCGAGUGCCAUUCACACCACCUUGUUUUGUAGACCGUUUGUAUCUAAAAACCACCGACUUCCCAAAAUUGAGCUUGGUGACAUCUGAAGUUUCUAUGAUAGGGCUUUUACCUUACUGAUUUUAUGGAGCUUUUGAGGUUUGUUUUAUAAUUAUAUAAAUUAGUAAGUGUAUAAAAGUGUAUUUGAUAUUAAAUGUUUACUGUUGAUAAUGUUGUGGACGCUCCCAUUCCCUUAGCUCCAGCCACACCACAGGCCAAGCUGUUGAACUGCUCAGCUCAUCGGAAGGUUGUUGCCAGUCAGAGACUGUGCGGUUAACUGGCCCCGGGUUGGGCACAGGGUUCUUGCCCCGCCUCACGCAGCCUCCGGCACGCUGGCCUGUCACUGCCUGGGCACCGGGCUGCGGUACGGGCAGUCGGUGACAGAGUCUUUGGCUUCUGGGCUUCAUGGACCAGAAGGACUCAACAAUUGACACAACAGCAUGGCCUGUUUCUUUUGCCAAGUAAUCUGAAGGAAUCACUGUGUCAUUUUUUAUAUGUAAAAAGAUAAUUUCACGAGGGCUAGUCCUUCCAGGGGAGGAAGUUCAGCUUGGGGGACAGAGAACUUCCCGUUGGGUUUUGCCCAAACAGGAAACAGCCAAGUUAGUGACGUGCAGGGGGGAGACGACCUCUUGUCGCGUUUCCCCAAGAAAUGGUGUUUGGUUGGGGACUGUUCCAGAAAAGGCCUGAG